AUGAGGGUUUCUAUCAGGGAACAGCUGGCCCUGCUCGUCAUCUUUGCUGUUCUCAUUGCUCUCGCCAUCGUUUCCGUUCCAACCUGGUUCUUCGUCCAUGAUUUUGUCACCGACGUCGAAUUUGGCGGACUCUCCUUGACCGCAUCCCUCAAGGCCUCCAGAAUCGACUCGGCGCUCAAUCUGCUGGGCACCAUCAGCCAAUCCGUCGCCACCCGCCUUCUUCUCCAGCAAGCCCUCGUCAAUUUUUACAAUGACAAUGCGACCGAUCCUUUCGCAGACGCUCGUUCCGACCUCGAGAGUGCUCUGAGCACGAACCGCGUCACCGGCCUGCUUCAAGCAAGGCUGUACUCGAGAAAUCAGACUGGCGCGAAACCUGGCGGCCUUCUCAACGUCACCGGAGGUGGCGUCGGGUCUCAGCUUGAGAAUAUCCUGCUGCCGUACUUGACACCCGACGGCGCGAGAGUAAACUUGAGCGACACCGAGUACGGAUAUCCACCCACCCUUUACCCGAAUGUGACGUACCAAGACCUGGGCUACCCAAAUCCCUACGUGCCCUCAACCCCCGCCGUCGCCGCGAGAGCCUUUCCGGGGAGCAGGUUAAGCGAUGGUGCCGGACUCCUUCUAGGUCCCUUGAUGAUUAAUGAGACGUUUGCCCUCAUGUCGCUCACUGUUCCUGUCCGAUCCAUCAACAUUCAAAACUUCGUUCUUGGAUACAUGACAUUGAUCGUUUCGGCCGCUUCACUGAUUGAGGUUCAAGUUUCUCGCGAAGGCUUGGGUUCGACUGGCAUGGUUCUCAUAGUCGGCCCAGAUAAUCCGUCAAACCAUUUCAUCGCCCCCGUCUUCCCCGCCAAUCAGACGUAUACUCCCAACCGGGAUGCCUUGUCCAACUCCACCGUUCAUUUUGUCCUUCCGCCUAUAACUCCCGACGGACAGCCUGAACGUCACUUGUCGCGAGACUACGUGGGCGGGGAAUAUGCCAGCCACUAUACUCUAUCGCAGUAUCCAGGAGCAUUUGAAGCGUUCUACGAUUAUAAUUCCCAGCCGAACAAUGCCAGAGCCUUGUUUUCGUCCCAAAACGAGCAGGGCGUUCCUGUGGCGGUCGGAGUUGCGCGGCCGCGCUCCGCGCUCGUCGACUGGGCGGUGGUCAUCGAGAAGGCGGAAAGCGAGGCAUACGAGCCCAUUGCUACCCUCCAAAAGAUUCUGCUUGCGUCCGUCUUGGGCACCGCAGGGCUAGCCAUAGUUGUCGUUUUCCCGUGCGCGCAUUUCAGCGUUAGGCCGAUACGACGUCUUAAAACCGCGACGGAGAGUUCCAUUAACCCACCAGGAUACCAGGAAGAGUUUGACGACUACGAUGAGUCCAGCCUCGGCCCCGGCGAUACUGCCAACUUGUCAUCCGCGUCUGCAAAGGGUUUUUUCGCCAGCAUCUGCCGCAAGUUGAAGAAGCCAAAAAGAGCAUUGACAGAGUCCGAAAUUGACAACCAUCGGCGUAUAUUCAAAAUCCCCGGCCGAGUUCCGGAAAAAAAGCACUUCAUAACAGACGAGUUGACGGAGCUGACGGGAACCUACAACGAAAUGACGGAUGAGUUGGUGAAGCAGUACGCGUCUCUGGAUGAAAAGGUGGCCGAGAGAACCAGGGAGCUGGAGAUUAGCAAAAAAGCGGCCGAGGCAGCAAACGAGAGUAAAACGCUAUUCAUAGCAAACAUUUCCCACGAGUUGAAGACACCCCUCAACGGCAUCAUGGGCAUCUGCGCCGUCUGCAUGGAGGACAAUGAUGUGCUGCGCAUACAGCACUCCCUCAAGACGCUGUACAGAUCGGGGGAAUUACUGCUACAUCUUCUCGAGGACCUCUUGAGCUUCUCCAAGAACCAAAUCAGCCAGCAGAUUAAACUAGAGGACAAGGAGUUUUGCUUGGGAGAGCUGAGGUCACAGAUUCUUUCCAUUUUCGAGAAGCAAGCGCAGGAAAGCAAUAUUGCAUUCAAUGUAACUUUUCUGGGCUACGAGAACGGCGGCGAAGCCGUGGAUAGCCUCGACGGGACGAUUACGUCGGAGAAGCAGCUCCCAGCUCUCGGGCCCCCCGGAAUGGGCCGACUCCGCGGCGCGUAUCUGUGGGGAGAUCAGCAUAGAAUCUUGCAGGUCAUUAUAAACUUGGUUAGCAAUAGUUUGAAGUUUACCCCAGCCGGGGGCACCGUGCAGCUUCGAAUACGGUGUGUUGGCGAGGUCGAACCCAGCAGUGGCGACGGCAAGCCGACCAGAACCAACUCUGCAAGAGGCGGGCGCGGUAGGCUAAGGCGCAGCUCAGGAUCACCGCAGUCAUCCCUGUCCAAAGCCACAACGGCCUCGAAUGCGAUGGAGGGGAACGGCAACCACCACAAGGUAUCCAGGACCAAGCCGCACGUUCAGGUGAGGGAGCGAUCGCCAACACCGCCACACCCGAACGCCAAGCCGUACGUGUUUGAGUUUGAAGUGGAGGACACUGGUCGAGGCAUACCCAAGGACAUGCAGCAAAAGGUCUUUGAGCCAUUCGUGCAAGUCGACUCCAGCCUCAGCAAGAAGUACGGCGGUACGGGCCUCGGGCUGAGCAUCUGCGCACAGCUUGCCAAGCUGAUGGGCGGGUCCGUCAGCGUCAGGAGCACCGAAGGCGUGGGCUCCGUCUUCUCACUCCGCAUCCCCCUGCGACACGUCAAGGACCGCGCGCCCAGCACCGCGUCCAGCAGCACGACCAUGUCCAGACCACCCAGCCCUGGCUCCACAAACGGCGGCUCGCACCGCAACUCCCUCGGCGGCGGCGGCGUCGUCGUCGUCGCUCAAGAAGCAGGGGCGAACACGGACACGUCCACCACCGUUUGCAAAGUCAACCAGCCCCGUCUCGUCGGCCUCAGCACCCCCUUCUUCGCCCCGAACCCAGCCCCGCCCGACGCCGACCGAGGCCGGGAGAAGGGCGCCCAGACCAAAGUCAAGCCCGUCGACGCCGCCGCCGACGCCGACGCCGACGCCGACGCAGCCGGCAAAGGCGAUCUGCGCGUCCUCGUGGCAGACGACAACUCGACCAACAUCGAAGUCGUGAGCAGGAUGCUCAGGCUGGAAAAAGUGCACAACGUCACCAUCGCCAAGGACGGCCAAGAGGCCUACGAGCUGGUCAAGGCGAACAUGCAGGCGGACCGGCCGUUUGACCUCAUCCUGAUGGACAUCCAGAUGCCCAACCUGGACGGACUGCAGUCCACGCGGCUCAUCCGCGAAAUGGGCUACGCCGCUCCUAUUGUGGCCCUGACGGCCUUUUCGGAGGAGAGCAACAUCAAGGAAUGCAUGGAGUCUGGCAUGGACGAGUUUCUGAGCAAGCCCAUCCGGCGUCCGGCGCUGAAGAAGGUUUUGACAAAGUUUGCGACGAUACCCGAAGAGGGGGAGUUGGCGACGUGA